AUGACAUCAUCCGUCCUCCCGAAGAAUAAGAGGACCAUUCACACGGCGGCAUGCCUGAUUAUUGGUGAUGAGGUCCUUGGUGGAAAGACCAUCGACACCAACUCUGCCUUCUUCGCCAAGUUCUGCUUCUCCCUCGGCAUUCAACUGAAGCGCAUUGAAGUGAUCGCAGACGAUGAGAGCGAAAUCAUUGAGGCAGUGCGACGUAUGAGCGACCGCUAUGAUUUUGUCGUUACCAGUGGAGGCAUUGGCCCAACCCACGACGACAUCACCUAUGAAUCGAUAGCCAAGGCCUUCGGUCUGAACCUAAAGCUCCACCAAGCCGCAUUCGAGCGUAUGAAGAAGCUGUCCAAGCCCCAUCCCAUGCAGCCAGACUUCGAUUGGGACACCCCGUCACCUAGUCUGACUGCGAAGUUGCGCAUGGUCGAGAUCCCUCACGACGAGUCUGUGCCUUUGGAAGAACAGGCCGUUUUUGUUGCCGAAGAUAUGUGGGUGCCGAUCGCCAUCGUCAACGGCAACGUCCAUAUCCUUCCUGGUGUUCCUCGUCUCUUUGAAAGGCUACUCGAGCACCUCAAGCCGAACUUGUUGCCUCGCUUGGUUAACCCGGAGGGGAAGGGCAUCUAUCGCUACCUGUUCAGCACACCACUUCCGGAGAGUACGGUCGCCCCUUAUCUGACGGAACUUGCUACACGCGUUGCUUCAAAGAACAUCAAAGUCGGCAGUUAUCCCCGGUGGGGUAAUAAGCGCAACACUGUGACUCUAGUCGGCACUGACAAGGAAUUCAUGGACUCGCUUAUCGCAGAGGUGGAGCAGAAUGUCGAGGGAACCAAGGUAACUCGAGAGGAUGAGCUUGACCCUCCCUCUGACACCGAGGAGAGCAAAUAA